AUGUCCUCCUACGGGCAGCUCAUCAGCGCCCGCUGCGCCUCCCCCUGCGAGGUGACGUGCCCCCAGCCCUACGUCAACUGCUGCAACGAGCCCUGCGCCGCCUCCUGUGGGGAUUCCAGGGCCAUCGUCUACGCUCCGCCCGUGGUCGUGACUUUCCCGGGCCCCAUCAUCAGCACCUGCCCCCAGGAGAGCAUCGUUGGGACGGCCAUCCCUGAAAUCGAGGGAGGGAUGGGCUCUGGAGGGGGAGGGAUGGGCUCUGGAGGCGGAGGGAUGGGCUCUGGAGCUCCACCACCAACCCUGAGAACCAUGAGCAGCAUCAGCUCCCGGUGCCUGGCCAACUGUGAGGUGACCUGCCCCGAGCCCUGUGCCUACAGCAGAGGCCUUGGCUCCUGUGUUGCAGCCUGUGGUGACUCCACAGCCGUCGUUUAUGCCCCUCCAGUGGUCCUCACCUUCCCAGGCCCCAUCCUCAGCAGCUGCCCCCAGGAAACCAUCGUGGGAUCGUCCUUCCCCCAGUCCUCCGGUGCUCUGACCCCCAGGAUGGGAGGCUCUUAUGGCUCUUAUGGCUCUGGAGGCUCCUAUGGCUCUGGGGGCUCCUAUGGCUCUGGGGGCUCCUAUGGCUCUGGGGGCAUGGCAGGGAUUGGGGGAUCCUCUGGAUCUGGGGGCUCCUACAGCUCUGGGGGCAUGUCGGGCAUGGGGGGUUCCUCUGGCUGGUGCAGCCCCUGUGGAUCUGGAGGCUCCUCGGGGAUAGGGGGGUGUUACAGCAGGAGGUUCUACACCAGCAGCAGCCGUGGGUCCCGCCUGGGAAACUGA